AUCAUAUCAGAACGGUUCGUUAUACCGGAGCCAGCGAGAACGAUCACGAGAUCGUUCGGAGCGGAUAAAAUUGAGCUUGUCCUCGUCGAGCAUUCGGAACUUAGGAACAUUCGUAUAAUAGACUCCAUCGUGUUCAGUUGUGUACUUCAAUUCUAUUGUGUAGUUUUUUAUAGUUAAUAGUAAAAGUGUUCAACAAGAAACAUGAAGGUGCUAAUCGUUUUGGCGGUUGUUAGCUGUCUAGCUUCAGUAUAUGCUGAGCAGUCCAAAAAGGCGAUCGUAUUUCUGCAAGGCACUUCCGGCGUGUCUGGAAACGUAACUCUAUCCCAGCCAUCAUGUACCGAGCCGGUUUUGAUUGAAGUCAGCAUCAUUGGACUCAGUCCCGGAAAGCAUGGAUUCCAUAUUCACGAAAGGGGUGACUUGAGCGAUGGAUGCACUAGCACGGGAGGCCACUAUAAUCCCGAUAAGGUGACUCAUGGCGGCCCAGCUGAUCAAGUUCGUCACAUUGGUGAUCUGGGAAAUGUUGUUGCCGAUGAAAAUGGAAUAGCAAAGACCUCAUUCUCGGACACGGUCGUUUCAUUGUUCGGAUCCUACAGCGUUUUGGGCCGUGCUAUUGUCGUCCACGCCGGAGUCGAUGAUUUUGGCAAAACUAACCAUCCAGAUUCGCUUAAAACCGGAAAUGCUGGAGGCAGACUGGCUUGUGGAAUCAUCGGAAUCCUAUCACCAUUCGAUGAACCAGAGCAGCUAUGCAGUGGCGGUCAAUCUAUUAGACCCAUUCAUGUUGUGCUAGGAUUGAUGAUAGGCAGUUUGAUAGUUCGUGCCCUUGGAUACUGAUUUUUACUAGGCUGAAACAUGUUCCAUCAAUCAUCUGUUACAUUGACACUUUCCACCAGCUUUUGCAACCAUUAAACAGAAUGACAGGCGGUUCAUUGAACUGUAUAAUUUCCAAAAAAGUUACCACCUACCAAGCAACUCAUCUUACCAGACCAGUUGGAUACGACAUUUUCCUGCGACACAAGCUCGAUCGAUGAAAUGGAAGCAUUAUAAGUGGAUUUUUGCGUGAAGAAAGCAUUCCUUUGUUGACUACAUCUUUAUACUUAUGUUUAUGUACUGGAAUAUACCUGAUGCUCGUUGCCUUAUUUAUUUUCAAUGUAAAUAUUUCAUUUAAUUAUAAAGAACGUUCGCUCCUUCCCUCAAUACUGAAUCACAUAGCGUGUUAAGUUUGUAAUCUUAAUAGCAGUCGUCUCGUCUGAGGGCAAUAUAUUAUUUUAAGAAGAUGCACCACCUGCUAAGUCAAAUGAAAAUGGUAAUCAGGUGUGCAUUUCGAAAGUAAUUGAAUAAACACUUGCCGUGGUCAAUU